AUGGAAACUCAAAUUGUAACAAUGGAAGAAGGAACCUAUGAUGAUAUUUUGGAAUGUUCAAUUUUUUCUGAUAAUACACCAACCAGUUCAAAGGAAAUAACUUCAUCUUUGGAAAGAAAAUCUAAAAGAAAAGGAAGAAAACAAUCAACUAGCACCAAAAGGAAAAGUGCUGAGAUUGAAGAAGGAAAAUCAAAAAAAAGAAAGUCAAAUGAGGAAGAGGAAUGUGAUUUUAUUUUGGAAAAAGGAGUUUUUACAUUUGAACCAAGCUUUCCAGAGUGGAAUCAAGUACCGAAGCCUGUUUUGGAUACGUAUAAGGUGGUUUGGGAAAUGUUCGCAACUUGUGCUCGUUGUACUAUCCAUGAACAAUUGGAAAUGAAGAACACAAGUAGAGUGCACCAUAUGGUAAUUGGAAAUUGUUUACCAACUGUAUUUUAUCUUGUAUUGAAGGAAUCAAAAGGAAAGUUCUAUCAGUGGUAUCAAAAUGUAAUGCAACAUGGCAUAAAGGUGAAACAAGAUUGCAUUCAAUUUAGAUUUAAAGAUUGUUUGCCACCUCUAGAUAAUUUUGAUGAUUGGGCUGAUUUUAAAUUGAACAUCACCAACGAUACGUUCAAGUAUGGUAAAAAAGAAAUGGUGCACCACUUAAAGAUUAAGUACAUUUCUUUGACUUGCAAUGUAUCCUCUUUCCAAGUUUAUACUUCAUUCAAGUUUGAGAAAGAAAUUAUUUUACAAUAA